GCGUCCCCUAGCUGAGAGGGAGAGGGAGGAGAAGCGUCCCCUAGCUGAGAGGGAGAGGGAGGAGAAGCGUCCCCUAGCUGAGAGGGAGAGGGAGGAGAAGCGUCCCCUAGCUGAGAGGGAGAGGGAGGAGAAGCGUCCCCUAGCUGAGAGGGAGAGGGAGGAGAAGCGGCUCCUGGCUGAGAGGGAGAGGGAGGAGAAGCGGCUCCUGGCUGAGAGGGAGAGGGAGGAGAAGCGUCUCCUAGCUGAGAGGGAAGAACGGGCUGCCGAGAGAGAUUUCCAACUUGCCAAGAUGCAAGUGGAAAAAGAAAUAGAACUCGCCCGUGUCGUCGCCCAGGGGAAAACGGCUUCCCCUUCCUGCGAGAACGUGAGAGGACCGAAAUUGCCCACUUACCAAGAGGGAGAGGACAUCAACAAGUACCUCGUCCGCUUUGAAAGGGUGGCUGAAGUUCUGCGGAUUGACAAAGAAAGCUACGCUGCGAGGUUGGGUUGUCUCCUCACGGGCGUGGUUGGAAGCCUCUGACGUCCCCUGCACUUAUGAAGAGCUCCGGGAGUUUAUGCUCCUGGAUCAGUUUCUCACUAAUCUCGCCCCAGAUUUGAGGAUCUUCAUCAAGGAGCGCCGGCCGAAACAUCUUCCCGACGCAGUGAGACUUGCCGACGACUGGUCGUCUGCCCGCAAUGCCUACCCUAAAGCUUCAUCUCCUAAUUCCCGAGACCCCUCUAAGGCUGCUUCGCCCACGAAAUCUUCAGAGUCCUCUCCGGGAGACUCCGCCAAGACUUCUGCCCAGCCCAGUACAGCAACCCUGAGGUGUCACCAAUGCGGGGAGGAAGGCCAUCUACGUCCGCGCUGCCCAAAGAAUCCCCGCGCAUUCAAAGAUGUCGAACCUGCUAAACCAUCAUUUCAGGUAGGCUUUUGCCUUAGUGACAAAAGUAUCCCGAAGUUUUCUGUUUCGGGCACUAUUAACGGGUCUUGGAGCUCCAACAUAAUCAGGGAUACUGGCUGUUCCUGUGUGAUCGUCUCUGAAGACUUACUACCUGAUGUAGAUGUUGAGAGUUGUCCAAAGGUCUCCCUUGCUGACUACCUAGGACGAGUGGACAAGUUUCCCGUGGUGAGGUGCCACUUAAGCUGCCCCUACUUCACCGGUUGGACUGAGGUGGUACGAGCUCCUAUUAAGUUUGUUGGGGCCCUCAUCGGAAACGUCCAUGGGGUAAGGGAUCCCCAUGACCCUGACUCUUCUCAACCUCAAUCUGAGUCUUCCAGAACAUCCUCAUCUUCAAAGUUGCCGCGAGGGACUUCUACUCCUCUUGUUCCGUCGUCCCCUGCAGCCAUCCAGGUACACGCCGUUACCACUCGUGCUGGUAGGUUGAAGAGGCUUCAUCCGCUUGUCCUUCCGGAACCUCUACCUCCUUCAGUAACCCCUCAAGACUUCGCGCAGCUAGAUUCUUGUAUGGGGGCCUGUGUGAGGGCAACUACCAACUUAGCGGCCGAACGACCGGGGCACUCCUGCCGCCCGCCCGUAUCUUGCCGUUCGAAGCUGUGCAACUACCGAGCCCCAGCGAACCACCUGCUUCACUCCCGCUGCUCGUUCGCCUGACGCCGUUCGACGCCUCGGUCAAUUGAACCACCGAGGCUUCUCAACCCGCUAUAGGAGGCGACUUGGUUGCCGCCCGCGCCUUCCUCGUCAGACAGCGGCUGAGCCUCGCCCUGAACACUUGAUUCUGCUAUAGCUCCAGCCCUGCUCUCACUCGGGCUAACUCAGAUACCGUGGGCUCGUUCUGGGUG